AUGCCGACAGGAGACCACACAUUCUUAUUCGAUAUUCCGCUUCCAAGUAAGAUGUUUGACACGGUAACCGGUGCAAACAAUCAAUACCACACAUAUCGAGUAGAGGCUGUUAUCGAGCGACGCCUUAAAAGCGAUUUUGUGGUCUCACGGCCGCUCAGGAUUUAUCAGGUUUCUGACUUGGAGACGAGUCAUUUGAGAUCACCUUGCCCACUGACUCUCCAGGGUCACUCCAACGAAAAUAUCCAGUAUUCCCUCUCCAUCACUGACCGGAACGUUCCAUUCGGUAGUACAUUUCCUGUGGAAUGCUGGUUUGCACCGCUGUUGAAAUACGCCAAGCUCAACACUGUCACAAUCAAGGUGAUUGAGAAACAGACUGCGCGGUUGGAAGCUACUGCUGCAGAGUCAGUGCGACAGAACCUACGGUUUAUCACUGCAGCGCAAACUCAAACCGUUUUUUCCAAAACCAUCAAUUUCUCUCACAGAGAUGAGGCUCCGGCAGAUGAUAUCUCGGAAAUUGAAUGGCGCUUUACCGCACCAGUAUCUCUGCCUCAGAGUCUCGACGCCUGCUCGCAGAGUAUCUCGACCAGACACAUCAAGAUCAGCCAUGAACUGUCUAUCACUGCGCAGUUCCAUGAUGAGACAGGGGGUGUAACAACUGCGAUGACGGAAGUUAUGCCAUUUAAGAUUUAUAUGACACCCGAUAUAAUUGGAGAAAAUGCGUCCAUUCGUGGGCGAUAUAUCCAGCGCAUGCAUGGGGACCGAAGUCCUCCUCCAGCUUAUAGCAAUCGCUUUUCGGACUUGAUCGUUUCAGCAGCUACUCAACUGGAUCUUUGUGAACAUCCGACGCUAGCAGAGAUCAAUUCUGUGCGUUCUUCGAGUGAGCAAAGUGCAGCCAUUCACACCACGGAGCCUGCUCCCCGAUACGAAGAGCUCGUAUAG